AUGAUGUUGCGCCAUACGUUCUAUAUACUUGCUUUGAUUCUGAGUGUUACCUCUUUAUAUGUGGUAGCUGCAGACGGUGAUCGUGAUGAACUGGAAGGUGAAUCUGAAGCUGAGAGUACUCGUCUUAAGGAUACGAUUGAGCCCCGUUCAUCUGGUCUUGUGCCUCAGGGUCCUACAGGUGCUCGAGGUCUUGAUGGUAGAGAAGGUCCUCCUGUUACUUGUCCUCGUAGUGACGGUGCUACUGACGGUACUUGUGUUACUACUGCUGGUGGUUUAUCUGAUGGUGGUGAUGGAAGAGGUACUGAUGAUGAGAGGAGGAUGGGUAUUCCUCCUGGUGUUGAUGCGCCUGGUCCAGCAGGUGCAGGCCCUGGUGGAUCUUCUGGUGGGAGUUCAGGUUCGAGUUCAUCCAGUUUAAAUUCUCAACCUCCACAGCUUGAUGAUCCUCAAGCACAUAAUAUAAAUCAACAUGAUCCACGAAAUGAAGACAGCGAUAGAAACUUGUUAGAAAAUAAAUCACAAGUGCAAAGUGAGAUGGAAACACAGACACAAGAAGUAAAUACUCAUAAUGACCUAUCACAAUCAUCCAGUAAAGACGGUGAAAUUGAGUCUUCUGCAUUGCAAAGCGCAGCUUUGAAACAAGAACAACAGGCGCCAGCAACCACAGUGAACUCUCAAUCACAAACGCAGUCAAAUGAGACACAAACUGCACAGACCACGCACACAACAGGGGAAGCACCUGCUGCUCCCGCAUCCCAUAAUACAGAUAACGCUUCCACCAAGAAUCCAUCUACGGAUAUUACCCAUAAUAAUCAGUCUGAUAAUGAACCUAAUGUUGCAAACCUCGCGGAAGGUGAAUCAACAAGUACCCAAGAAGGUGCUAAUGGAAAUACAGAUACCACUACCACCACCACAACAACAACAACAACACUUCCUCCUGAACUCACAAACAAUAAGAAGGGUGAUGCA